AUGGCAACUUCUCUUAAUGAGAACAGAAGGACCCUGUUUGUUAGAGGAAUCGCAGAGGACGUUGACAAGGACCUUCUUUACGCAGCCUUCUCACAGUUUGGGACCAUUUUGAAUUUAGAAAUCCCCAAGGAUAAGGAUAAAGAUAAAAACAAGUCCAUUGCUUUCAUCGAGUUUGAGGACGAGGAGGAUGCCAAACACGCCAUUUUCAACCGUCACAACUCUGAGCUUUACGGGAGGGUCAUAAAGGUUUCCUACUCCACUCAUUCUCACGUCCAUACCACCAGGCAUAAAGCAGUUUGGGACGAUGACAUUAACUUCAACAUUAAGGUAAAUCAGGAUGUGCAAAUUCAAGACUAA